ACGCCGCUCCUGGGGAGCUGGACGGUGCAGCGGGUUGCGCGGCGGGCUGCGCGUGGCGUCAUGCUGUCGCCCGAGGCAGAGCGGGUGCUGCGGUACCUGGUGGAAGUGGAGGAGCUCGCCGAGCAGGUCCUGUCGGACAAGCGGCAGAUUGUGGACCUGGACACUAAGAGGAAUCAAAACCGAGAGGGCCUGAGGGCCCUACAGAAGGACCUCAGCCCUUCUGAAGAUGUGAUGGUUUGCUUUGGGAGUAUGUUUAUCAGAAUCCCUCAUCACCAGACGAAGGAGAUGAUCGAGAAAGAUCAAGACCACCUGGAUAAAGAAAUAGAAAAACUUCGGAACCAACUUAAAGUGAAGGUUAACCGCCUCUUUGAGGCUCAAGGCAAACCAGAGCUGAAAGGUUUUAACCUGAACCCCCUCAACCAGGACGAGCUUAAAGCCCUCAAGAUUAUCUUGAAAGGAUGAGACUCAAGCAGCAAGAUGGGGGUCCUAGGACCAGCAUCCCCCUGUGGUUACAGAGGACUCAGGACAUUCCAGCUUUAAGAUCCACAAGGAUAGGAUUGAUUAACCCUACAAGGGAGAGAGCAUCUGGAAUGUGGCUCCUAUACAGCAUCUCCUUCUGUAAUGCGUGGCUGCUUUGUGACGGCUGGAGAGAAUCUCUGCCUGGCGUGGCCACCAGAGCUCAGUAGACACAAGACCUAUUGACAGUCCUGGCAGCUGCCAGUAGGUGUGUGGGGGUGUGAGGAGAACCGCAGCCGGCACUUCUCGACAGUGGCCUACUGUUCAGAUGGCUCUGGCCUGAGGAGGAGGGUGGAACAGGAGCCUCGUUCCAGCUGUGUGCUGCGCUGAGAGGCAUUUCAGGCAGCAUGUGUAAUGGAACUGGAAUAAAGCAGACUGGCAGGUGA